AUGAAAAAAGUCCUGUGUUUUUAUGAUUUUAAUUGGAGUCUCUUUUUUUACAGAAAUAGGAAGGUUGUUGAUUACUCACAGUUUCAGGAGUCUGAUGAUGCAGAUGAAGAUUACGGAAGAGAUUCAGGCCCUCCCACUAAGAAAAUUCGAUCAUCUCCCCGAGAAGCUAAAAAUAAGAGGCGAUCUGGAAAGAACUCACAGGAAGAUAGCGAGGACUCAGAAGAAAAAGAUGUGAAGACCAAGAAGGAUGAUUCUCACUCAGCAGAGGACAGCGAAGAUGAAAAAGAAGAUCAUAAAAAUGUACGCCAGCAGCGGCAGGCGGCAUCUAAAGCAGCUUCUAAACAGAGAGAGAUGCUCAUGGAAGAUGUGGGCAGUGAGGAAGAACAAGAAGAAGAGGAUGAGGCACCGUUCCAGGAGAAAGAUUCCGGCAGUGAUGAAGAUUUCCUAAUGGAAGAUGACGAUGAUAGUGACUACGGCAGUUCAAAAAAGAAAAACAAAAAGAUGGUUAAGAAGUCCAAACCUGAGAGAAAAGAAAAGAAAAUGCCUAAACCCAGGCUAAAGGCUACAGGUAAAUUCUGCAGAAGUGAAAUUAGAUAUGCUGCUUUAAAAGUUUCCAGAACCAGCCGGGCUCGGUGGCUCAGCCUGUAA